UCGAAAUGCGAAACAAAAUGUUUGAAUACGUGAUAUUAAUAUUGUUAUUAAGCAUAUGUCAAGCAGCUUAUGCUAUUCAGGCACGUAGCGACAAGGAGCAACCACAGACAGUCGUUUCCGGAACGGCUGUUCAGUCCGUUGUUCCUCUACAGGCGGCAGCUCCACAAGCUCAAGCAAGUGCUCAUUCAGACUUCAAUCCUUUGGGACCGCUUGUGAUGUGCUCGUUUCUGCCACGCGACUUUCUGGACUGCAAGGAACCCAUCGAUUAUCGUAAUAACAAAACUGCAAAGGCGGAAAAGGGUUAUGGAUGUUUACGUUUUGGUGGAUCCACCUACGAGGAAGUGGAACACACAAAAGUGCAGUGCACCGUUUUUCCGGACAUUGAAUGCUAUGGCCCGCGCACAUUCGAUCGAGAUGGUGUGCCCUGCGUGCGCUAUACGGACCACUACUUUGUGACUACCCUUAUCUACAGCAUGCUUCUUGGCUUUCUGGGCAUGGACCGUUUCUGUCUUGGACAAACGGGGACGGCUGUGGGCAAGUUGCUGACGAUGGGCGGUGUCGGUGUCUGGUGGAUCAUUGAUGUCAUAUUGCUAAUUACAAAUAAUUUGCUGCCUGAAGAUGGCAGCAAUUGGAAUCCGUAUGUUUAAAUGUAUUCUUCCAGUGAUA